AUGACUUCUCAUAAAGCAUGUGACACAGAGACGAAAUGUGAUACAGGAACAAUUCAAAUACGAGCCAUGCGCCGUGAAGACGCGUCUGUUGUGCAUCGCAUGAUACACGAACUAGCUACAUUUGAAGAGGUGCCAGACGGGCCACAACUCAGUGUUCAAGAUUUAAUAGAAGAUGGCUUCGAAAGCUCUCCAGAGUGGUUCUUUGGGCUGGUUGCCGAGUUGGGGGGAGAGCUGGUCGGUUAUGCACUGUGCAACCGAGCGUACUCCAGCUGGACUCGCCGCUCUUUUUACAUUGAAGAUCUUUAUGUGCAGCCUUCGGCGCGGCGUCAUGGCAUUGCUCGCAAAUUACUACAGGAGCUUUGUAAGAUGGCGGUAGAAGCGGACGUGCACAGAAUUGACUGGCACGUGCUACUGAACAACGUGGUCGCGCUUAGCUUCUACUCGCGGCUGGGCGCGCGCGACCUCCGCGCCAGCGAGGGCCGCGCCGCCCUGCGGCUCGACCGACCGCGCAUAGAAGCGGUAGCCGAAGGACACCUGCUGCCCGCGACGCAACCAACAGAA